CAGGCGUCUGGUUCGCACCCGGCGAUCAGUUGAAUUCAGACGCACUGAGGUGGUGGAGGCUGCCUCUGUUGUUGUUGCACCUGGCCAGCGAACGUCUUCAAAAAGACCACGUUUGCUACGUAUAGACACGUAGAACGAGGAACUGGCGUCAAGUUGACAGAUUUAGGAGGUUGGAGUGAGAGUGAUAUCGUAGUUAUCUCACAGAAAAGCGGACUAAUUUUCUUCGUUUGUGAUAUUCUCCUUCGUACGUUGCACCAAACCGCGUUAUUACAAGACAGCAUUAUACUGACGUUUUGCUUCCCGGGACUUGACAGUAGUUGCGUGUGUGCCACUGAAGCAGUUUACAUCCUCAGAGUAAAGGCGUUUUAAUUGUGUGUCUGUGUGUUUGAGAAACAACAAAGAGACGGAUCAGAAACGGUUCAAGAUCAUAAUGUGAGGACAUCAGUCGAACGGUUUGACAGCCGCUGGUGAUUGUGAAAUAUCUCCGUUAAAAUUAAUUGUGACUGUUAAAGAUGGUGGAGGAAGAGUUUCUUUCUGUGAACAUUAAUCAGAAGGCAACCAAGAGGAUGCUGACGAUGACUUUGAUGAUUGAGUGCAUCAUUUAAUGGCUUUCCUAUCAUUGACGUAUAAAAUAAAACCAGUUCUGAACCUGCGUUAGGUCGUUAGCGAGCGUCCAUCCCACUGGUCAGCUCCAAGGCGAACAACAAACUUCUUGCUAGAACUUGCCUAUUCUUCUUUUCAAACAAGAAAAAGUACUCCUUAGAACUCCCCCACCCAACACAACAAACCAGGACUUUCUUCAGCAGGGGGCAUUUUCGCCCCAAAAGAACUCGCAUUGUUCACUUUUCUUUCUUUUCUUUUUUUCUAAAAUCGGUAAAAGUAGUCUUUAUUGGCCAUAACUAGAAGAAUAUAGCACCAGACGAAGCUUUGUUUGGGGGGUAAGGGAGAGAGAGAAGCAAAACUCCACUGCAAGAAAAUAGUUGGACCACUGCUUUUCAAAUUCCCUCGAAGGUCAACAACGCCAUCCCUUGGGUUUUUAUGCUGAGAAGGGUCUCGAGGACAGCGCCCUCCAAGAGUAAGUGUUGCAUUGAAUCUUCUUACUCGUCUCGACACCUUGGCAGUCCCAGACCAGCCGUUAACCAUGAGUCGGUGAAGAAAACAUCAGCUGUGUUCCAAUGACCAGAGGCCCCGGUGACAACUUCAAAGAUCUGUGACGUGACUCCAGCAAGCUGGCCGCGAGUACCGUCACCAGUAUGAACCCCCAUUACCACCCCUACACGGAGUUAAACUCCCCUCACUCCCCUCCCCCUGAUAACAACAAUUACCACGGUCAUCCCCCACACCCGCAUCACCCCGGGUCGCAGCCCAUGAGCAAUGGACACGUGAUGGGGCCGAACCAUCAUCACCACCACCCUCCAGGAAGCACGGGCCCCCCACCGCACCCUGGACCGCACCACGACCACCACCAACACCCACACCAUCAACAUCCACCAUUUGGAAGCGGGGGUCCACCACCGGGAGGUCCCAUGCACCACCCGCACCAUCACCACCUCAACAAUAACAACAACAAUAAUAACAAUAACAACUGUCCGACGGUGAAGGUGUGCGCGGGGUGUGGCGGGAAGAUCGUGGAGCGGUUCCUCCUGCACGCACUCGACCGCUACUGGCACAACGGAUGUCUCAAGUGCACGUGUUGCGGUGCGAUGCUAGCGGACAUCGGCGGCUCCUGCUUCACUAAGGCCAACAUGAUCCUCUGCAAGAACGACUACUACAGGAUGUUUGGAAUCUCGGGAGCGUGCUCGGCUUGCGGGCAGACAAUCCCCGCGAGCGAAUUCGUGAUGAGGGCCGGCAUCGCCCCCGGAGGUGGGCCCCAGCAGCAGACGCAGCAGCCCGGCGGUCACCAAGUGUUCCACCUCAAGUGUUUCACGUGUUCCAAGUGCGGGGCACAGCUCGUGCCCGGCGACCGCUACUGCCUGCUGGCGGGCAGCCUCAUCUGCGAGCAGGACUGGCACAAGCUGGUGAAGGGGUCCGGCGUUGCGGGCGGCGCAGCCACCAACGCUGGCACUGGUGUACGCAAGGGCAAGGUCGGCCGACCGAGGCGGAGCAGGGACUAGACGGAUUGGACAAUGGGCACACGGAACCCGUCUCGUCUGCGAGUGGAUCCACUUUUGGUCUCCCGGCGACUGCCAACAAGUCAUGAGACGUUAGACCAGCGGAACUUCAGACUUUUAGUCCGAACUUUCUUUUAAGCGAUGGUGAUUCUGUCGCUACAGUAACAUAACAGCGUUGGUUAAUAGGCCAUAUUAGUAAAGGCAAAACUGGUAACAAGUAUUAACGAAACUUAAACUUGCGGUAUUUACCGAAACUAGCAAUUCGCUGCUGUUUUGGAGUAACCUAUAAUUGAAAGAAUUUCAUAUAAUAUGCCAUCACCCUCUUACAUUGGCAUCUGGAAGUUGUAAACGAUUUGAACGAAACUUAUUCACCCAUGUUUUCUCUUCUGUUCAUAAAGGGAUUGAAAAAGUAUGGUGAUUUUAUAAUCAAGAAAUGGUGUGAUGCUUUCAGUGGCAGCAACAUUCUUCAGAAGAGACGAGAUAAACGUAAGAAAAAGUUCGCAGGCGAAGUUAACAUUUUGGGUGAUAAGAAUAAUUCUUCUGUCAGUUUAUAACGAUUCUCAUACUCUACGCCCUCGUACGCAAUUCUUAAAUACUGCCGGUAUAGAUUCAUAACUUGAAGACGUUUGAUGUAUGUAAGGGAAUGAAUUCGAAUGAUUUUAAACGCGGAUGCCCAAGUUACGUUCAGAGAGAUAAUGGUAAAGUCAUUUUUAUCUGCCCUGUAAAGUACGCAUACACACGCAGAUUUUGCAAAGGUUUGUCUCGGAGAUGUUAAUAAACCGUGAUCUGCCAGUAAUAGAUUUUUAUUGGGUCGAGGAACUUCCGUCUGCAGGGACAAGAAGACCUCUGACACCUGUUUUCCUGCCAAUAAAAGUGCGCAUGUCAAAAGUUAGCGGUCAAAUGAAACUGUGAAUUCAUUUAUUGAACCCAAAUGUCUUCAGGUUCUGUAUCUGUUAUAAUAAGCAAGCCUUUGUGAAGGUGAAUAGAAUGGGUUUGUGUCUGAAAUUAGAUGUUCCAUUUUCAAAAUGUGACAAAGAAAGAACAAAUCAAAUAAUUCUGACAGCAUUGCUACAAAGGAAUCAUUGUUAAAACAGAAAGAAACUCUUUCUUUGGGAAGAGACUUGGAGGUUUGUUUUUUAAUUAGUGUAAAAAGUUUGUUAGUUAUUACUUAUUAAUUAGAAGAAAAUUAUGAACGGUGUUGCCACCCCUUCUGAUUAAUUUCAGCAAAGAAUGAAGCAGUUCUAGCGGUUUUUUGUAAAUAUUUUGAAAAUGUUACGUACCAAAACUCCUUUGACCCGUUUUUCUCCGUAUCGGUAUGGGUAUAAAUUGCGCAGGGUUAUUUUCGUUUGUUUCCCUGUGGCUGUAUUAGUACUAACAGUCACGCCACAGGCGGCAGUGUGGCGAAAUCACAGCCAGUUUCAAAUGUUGAACCUGCUUUGGCAAAAGAACGUCUUCUGCUACUUCAGUAAAGUCUGGCUUGAAAAACUCAGCUGCCACUGAGCUAAUUGAAGUGUGUGAGAUAAAUAAAAUGGACCUUUACGUCCGUGCUGCCGAAAUCCUUACAUUGACGUCAUUUAGUCUUUAAACCGAUUAUUAUUAUAAAUUACUGUUUCUUGCAGAAAUGUGUUCACUAAAUUUUAUAUGACGCGUUUAUGACUACAUAUUAUUUAAUUUCUGAAGGGGUUACAAUUAGGAGGCAAGCUAAAUUUUAAUACUAGCCCUUUUGAAUUGAGCUCUGUUUGAUUUUUUAGCUGUAUCACGAAACUUUUUUUCUCGAAUUAACUUGAUUAAAAUUUGUCAGCUUAGAAAAUUCUUAAAUUUAACCAUUUCACAAUGCUUUAUUGGGCAUGGAAUUUAUAUUUUCAGGUAUUUUUAGAGUUUAAAAGAAGUUUGUUGAUGCAAUUUUUACUACGAUUGUUCUGUCGUUAUUAAGUAUGCUUUUAAAGGACGUCAUUGGUCCAUGGGUCCAUUGUUCUGGCACCGUAUCCGCAGUACAAAGCGAAACAGGGCGUCCCACUUAACUCGGAACCCACCUGCUAGCAGGCGACGUUUACGUUUUGAGUUGUGACCAACUUAUUUCCCGGCAGUUAGCUCGCUGCCAUCCCCGCAUGCUGUAAUGGCGAGUUCCACGUUGUGUGGGACACACUGUAUUUUCCUGUGUAGCCUAUGGGUGAAACGUAGAAGACUCAGUUUGCUGUUGAGUGAAAAGAGUCUAUGUCCAGUCGACUACCUCGUAUUUUCAGAAGCGGAAUUGUUUAUAAAGUUUCUUCUGUGCAUAAAUAUAGAAUGUUGCAAAUUUCGUGCCAUAUUCGGUUCCGCUUAUCGCAUUGUGUCUUGCGCCAAAUCAGGUUCGAUAUAACAAAAUGCAAGCACUAGCUCACACAAAUAAAUAUGAUUUUAAAAAAUCCCUUGCAUGAUUCUUCCAACACAAUAUUUUAGAGUCGAAGAAGGUACUGCAAAAUAGACAAACAACACACAACAGAAAUAAGACAACGAUAUGAAAUUCCCCAGGACUGUUUUGGUUGUAAAUUAAUGUAACGGAGAAUUCCUAACUCCCAUCGUUGUUACUUGUUCAUAAUAUUUUAGUGGAGAAGAAUAACUCCUGUUUAUAAAUGGAACGAAAUUAUUAUUACUAUUAUUAUUAUUAUUGUGCAGAAAUCCGGAAUUAAAAGAAAGUGGAAUCCAAUUCCUGCUCCUUCCCGAUCCAUGUAAAUUUCUGAGUGUUUGUUUCCCACUUGCUGUGUGACAGAACAUCCUACUUAAGCUGUUAGUGCUCAGUAAGUCAGAGGACGGGUUUACAUGCGCCCCCUUUCGGUUCAUAUUCAGCGGCGUAAAUUUUGACCUAGGAAGACAGAGCAGCGUUGUAUAUGCGCUACCUGUCUGUAUUGGGUAUAUUUGUUACACUUCUUUUUCAUGUUACUUAUUUAUGUAUUUUUGCAUUACUAUGCAUUUAACUUGAGAACUUUCCCAACAUUAACUAAAUUCAGAGUCUCUUGAUGUCGGCAUUUCUUUCAAAAUAUUGAACACCCCUGAAGUUUUGUACAAGCGACAGAGAAUAAUAAUUCGUCAGAUGUUUCAUAAUAUUUCAAAGAUGUCUGCGCCUUAAUAAUUUAAUUGUAAUUUAAAAAUGACGUUUUUCGGCCUUACGUUGCGAUGUUCCUUGAUUAGGUUACAAGAUAUGAUUACCAGCAAAGAAUUCAAGCGAGUUUGGCUUAGCGUUUACCUGGGUUAUGACGCCAUGAUGACUUGUAGGCGGAUGUCGCCUCUAUCUUUAUAGUAUAAAUGAAGUUCCUCCAAAACACUGGUAACAACUUUUGACACCACACGGCGUCAGAGCCCACAAGACCACAAUCCAUAAUUAAAAGAGUUUACGGUUCAACCACAUUUGGCUUUGCGGCCGUGUUAUUACUUUCCUCUGCACCAAACAUAUUAUAACAGAUUGCACUUAUUUAAAAAUAUGGCCAAUUUCAUUUUAAUAUCUUGUACGUUGUUCAGCACGUUGAAUGACCUCAGAUUUCUCCUAGCUCGAAAGUUUCGGAGCCUUGAUUCUGUAGAACAGAUAGAUCGUGCAGAUGACCCUAGAAACAAGAGCCUUCAUACCGAACAUGUUUUUUUAAUAUAAUGUAAGAAAGAAGAAUGAAGUUAGCAUGCGCUUACUAGUUGUAUUUUGCGCUAUGAAUUUAGUAAAAAUUCUCAGUACGGAAUUUUUUUCAAAAUCCAUCGACGCUGUUGUACAGAUACACACAGUCAGAAAUCCAAAGAAACGCGAACUUCUCGCUUGGUUAUCAUACCAAUACAAAGUCACUGUCUAUACGACAAGACCUGUCUGUACUUAAUAAUGCCGUACAGCCUAUUAGUUGUAUGUGGUCAAGGUAGGCUACAGUUAGCACUUAUACACAGUCAACCUGGUCCUUAGAACUUCAUGUACGCGGGAGUCAGUGGCACGUAGCUAUGGUCAUGACAAUCUUAAUUCCUUCAUGAAACCAGGAAAAUAUCGUUUCCUAGUGCGUACGACCAUAUUGAGAGGCAAUUCUAACAAAAGCAAGAAAAAUAUCUUCAUGCCAAAGGAGAGGAUCAUAUGAAUACUCUAAAAUGGUAAUCUUGAAAGAAUUUUUUUCCACAGAAAGAGUGCUAAGCAUAUAAUAAUGAAAUAUUACCCGUGCCAAGUAGCAGAACAUUAUAGGAGAUAUCACAUUGUAUUAUAAAUAAUGAAUUGCGUACUGAACGAAAAACUCAGUAUGAGCAUAGCGAAUGCCACAUGAAGUGUUGCUGAAAAGGUUGUUAUUUUAUUCUCUUCUCUUUCAAUUACUCGUACUAGCGUGUACUUGAAGAAGAAUGUUUGUUCGGUUUCUUUGAUUCUGAUAUAUACAACAAACUUCUAAAUCAAUAAAAUGUACUGAUAUAAAGUUUUACUUCAGACGGAAACUAUACAGCUCAAAAUUACCAACAAUAGUAACGUACGUCAAUAAUAAUACGCUAAAGAGAAGCAUUAACUGUCUUCUUCCUCCACAACACACAAUUCAAAUGAACCUGCCAGACACGUUUGCCGAUUUGUUUACACUUUUCAGUCAGAAAAAAUGGAAACAUAAAAGUGAAAGUGGGCUCCAGUUUCGGAUUUAGGUAAACCAGGCAUUUUAAAUCAAUAAAUGUAUAUAUACAAAGUUCGACUUCAAUUUCAAGUAGGUUAAAUUACCUCGUGUUAUGACAAGGAUGCCUAUUUGUCUCAAAGUUAGGUCAGAAUUCUAUCUAUCCGCCCUUACACAUAUAGAACUGGUCACAAUAACCUACACUUGUCGCUUCUUGUUUGCUCUUGCUUGUACGAGCGAAUCGAAUUGCAUUAUCUAAAUUCAAUUAUAAACUGAUGGCUGUCAUCCAAUCCGAGUUCCUGGACCGUGUUUUGAUGUGCAGCGACGUGACGUGGGUGCAGAGGAGUCAUACAAGGAAUAGCAUCUUCGUUCAGAUAAAGACGGCUGCUUAAUAUUUCACAUAAAAGAUCUCUUUCACAGUUCUUGAUCGAUGUAUGCAUCCUUACUCCCCCACACCAGCGGUCGUAAUAUUGGAUACUUUUUAAAGUAAAACCAAAUUUUACAGUAUAUAGCCCGAUAACAUUCAGUAGGAUUUCAGGUUCUCACGGCCUAAAACCCGGAAGACAGCCAUCUUCAAUGCAGCUCCGUCAUUAAAAUGACUGCCGACGUUCCCUUCUGUCAAGAACUGAACGCCGACAUAACGCUUUGGAAUUUAAUGCAGUCCGUCCGUUCAAAUUUUAACUGGUAAACCUUCGUAAGACACCAAAUUUGGUCCAUUUGAGGCUAGGUAACUUGCCAUAUUUUUACGGUGUGACGAAGGGGGUGGUCCUAUAAACCCGACCUCUGCAAAGCAAAUGGUGGUCAUCUGAUGUCAGAUAACAUGCUGUUAAAACGCUGUCGGAUCCUGUGUUUGUUUGUUUGUUUGUUUGGUGCAUAACACCGUGGUUACAUAUAACAGUGAACUACUUUCCUUGUCUCCUUGCACAUCUCCUUUGUUCCUUUCACACUGAACGUAUUUGCUCAAACAAACAUGUUUACAAAACUUGUGUGAAAUACCUUAAUAUAAUAAAAGGGAAUACUCUUGAGCUGUGUGCGUUCCACGAAAUAAAAAAAAUACGGAGAAAGAAAUCUUGACUAA